AUGGUUGGGUCCAAGUCAAACACAAGUCUUGCCAACAGAAGACAAUCGUCGUUUUUCGCGCAAUUGCCCCAGGCAGAACCCGAUAUUUACUACGUUGGAGUCGACGUUGGCACCGGUUCCGCUAGAGCAUGUUUGAUCGACACCAACGGGAUCAUCUUGGGGUUAGCGGAGAAGCCCAUUUCCAGACACGAGUUGAAGGCAAACUACAUCACGCAGAACUCGACCGAGAUCUGGAACGCGAUAUGCUACUGCGUCAAGAGCUGCUUGAGAGACUCGGGAGUUGACCCUGCCCAUGUGUUUGGGAUUGGGUUUGACGCGACGUGUUCCUUGGUUGCUGUGUCUGAAUCUUCCGAUGAGCCAGAGUCGGUGGGGCCCGACUGGAGCGAUAACACGGAAAACAUCAUUCUUUGGAUGGACCAUAGAGCGGAAGAGGAAACUAAUGCCAUCAACGCUACGGGCGACAAGUGUCUCAAGUAUGUCGGUGGACAGAUGUCGAUUGAGAUGGAGUUGCCCAAGAUGAAGUGGUUGAAACAUCAUAAGCCGGGCGGGAUUAAGGAUUGCAAGUUCUACGAUUUGGCGGAUUAUUUGGUGCACAAGGCUUCCGGAAAAGAGACGAGAUCGUUUUGCUCGGUUGUUUGCAAGCAAGGGUUUGUUCCCUUGGGCGUUGAAGGAAGCGAGACCGGUUGGUCUGAGCCGUUCUUGAUGUCGAUUGACAUGCCCGAGUUGGUCGAGGACAAUUUCAGAAGAUUAGGUGGUGUCCCUGGUAAAAACGGCAAGUAUUUGACCGCGGGAGACGAAGUUGGCAAAUUGACCGAGAAAUCGGCUCAGGAGUUGGGUUUAACUACCGAGUGUGUGGUUGGAUCUCCCGUUAUCGAUGCGUAUGCCGGUUGGAUUGGAACUGUUGCCGCCAAGGCAGAUGUGCCUGCGCUUGCUGAAGAGCACCACGAUGGCACUAUUGGCGACGCCUGUGGCCGAUUAGCUGCUGUUGCUGGUACCUCCACGUGCCACCUUGCCAUGACUAAAGAACCAUGUUUUGUCAAGGGGGUGUGGGGUCCAUAUAAGGACGUGAUGGCCAAGGGCUACUGGUUAGCUGAAGGUGGCCAAUCCAUCACGGGCCAAUUGUUGGCACACGUGUUGAGUGUCCACCCCGCCAAUCAGGAGUUAUUGAGAGCGUCUGAGCAAUCGAGCAUUUCGAAAUUUGACUAUUUGAACUCGAUCUUGGAGCAUAUGGUGCAUGACCAGCACGAGCGAUCGGUGGUGUCCUUGGCCAAGCACUUGUUCUUUUACGGAGACUUCCACGGCAACAGAUCGCCCAUUGCCGACCCGAGAAUGAAGGCCAGCAUCAUUGGCGAGUCGUUGGACAAUUCGCUCCAGGAUUUGGCCGUCAACUAUUUCGGUGCCUGUGAGUUUAUCGCGCAGCAAACGAGACAAAUCAUCGAGCACAUGGAAGAAGGAGGCCACAAGAUCUCGUGCGUGUUUAUGAGCGGCGGCCAGUGCCGCAACGGGUUGUUGAUGCGGUUGUUGGCCGACUGCACGGGGUUGCCCAUCGUUAUCCCCAGAUACAUCGAUGCAGCGGUGGUGUUUGGAUCGGCCAUUUUAGGCGCCGUUGCCGCCGCCGACUCUGUCGACGAGUAUCUGAAGGACAGACAAAACAGCAACAGAUUGCGGAUUUUGCAGAAGAAGUCAGAGGCCAACUUGCACAAUCCCGGCGCCAACGCCAACGCCAACGCCAACGCCGACAUCCCACCGGCAUCGCCAUACACUGCUCCCUCGGCAACCUCGGCCAUCAACUUGGCCACCAUUGCCUAUGCCCAUUCCAACCCCGGGUUAUCGCAACAGGCCAACUUUGACUAUUUCAGCCAGCCCAGUCAGAAACAACAGGUCAAGAGCGACGACGAGUCCGAAGACGAGGGCACCUUGUCGUUUGGCUCGAAACAAGAGACGCAAAAGGGGUUAUCGCAGAAAUUGGCCGGUAUGGGUCUCAAGCCAUUAAGCUCGACAAAGAAACCCUCGCAGCAGGAUCCAAACAAUGCCGGCGCCUUGUUGUGGAAGAUUAUGCAGCAAAUGACUGGGCCUGGCAAAGUCAUCAACCCCAGGUCCAAAAACGACCCCGACCGCAAGUUGUUGAAUGGGAAAUACAAGAUUUUCUUGGAGCAGUGCUACAGCCAGCAGAAGUAUAGAGACAUGGUUGACGAGAUCGAGGCUGAAAACUUAAAGUCGGGAAAUGUCCCAGAUGCGUAG